AUGAUUCUCUCUGUCUUUCCAGGCUGCUAUUUCUUCAUACGCAAUUCAUCAAACAGAUGGCACACGGCAGGCCAAUGUAUCACCAUCAACCUCCGACUGUCAUUGCAGUGCACCACAACAGGAAUGAAGCUAACAAGUGGGUUCUCUUCAUGUGUAGACACCUACAAUCAAUGCUCUUGCUGCAACUUAGAUGGCUUCUAA